AUGCAGCAUACUCUCCUCUCAACCGCCGCCCUGCUUGGCGCCCUCUCAGCCGUCAAUGCUUCUCCUGCGCCCAUUCUGAGGCGUGAUAUUAUCACCGCCCUCCCAGGAAACGCUGACGAGAUCGAGAACAAGUUCCAGCCAAUUCUUGACUUCGAUACAGACGGCUGCUACAACACAGCGGCCAUUGACCCUGACGGCAACAUAAACCCUGGCAAGGGCGCCACCGGCACUCCUCAGGGCGACUGCCGCGAUCCCCCUCAGCUCGAGAACAGCAAUGUUUACUCCCGUCGCCGCUGCAACAACGGCGUCUGCGCUAUCAUGUACGAGUAUUACUUUGAAAAGGACCAGUCGGUCAGCGGCUCGUUUGCAGGCGGCCACCGUCACGACUGGGAAAACGUAGUCGUCUUCGCACGCGGAGACACCAUUGUACGUGUUGCGCCAUCUUGCCACGGCGGCUACGACGGUGCAUCGAAUGAGUUCCCUGCCGACGGCACGAGCCCGCAGAUGGUCUACCACAAGGACAGUGCCGGCACUCACUGCUUUCGCUUCGCCAACGACGCCGACAUUGGCGGCGUCGAGAACUUCUCAGGCUCGUUCUACAAGAGCCCGCUCGUCGGAUGGCUCAGCUGGCCCAACGAGGGGUUGCGCCAAACCAUGCUUGGAGCUUUCAGCGGCGGAGUUGGGCCAAAGUUGGAUGAUGAGUUUGCGGGCAAGCUUGGUGAGGCAGCUGGUGAUGCUGUCCCCGAGUUUGACCCGAAUGUUGACGAGUAG